GUUUACUUUUUUCUAGGUUAUGUUUUUAAUGAUAGAUCAACCUCAAAAUCCUAAGCCACAAAAAGUUUAGAAGAAAGUAAAUUCAUAUUUUUUGAAUCAUGAUGUUGUUAUGUCAAGAAUUUGUUAACGUAAGGACACCAUAUAAGUUGAUUGAGAGAUUAGUCUGUCUAGUAAUGACUCUUUCUGUUUCUACCGCUACAACAGAGAGAGUCUUUUCAGUCAUGAAACUCAUUAAGAAUCGACUUCGAAGUAAAAUGACUGAUGAUUUUCUUGUAGAUUUAAUGACAGUGCAUAUUGAGAGAGAAAUUUUUGAUACUAUUGAUUCAAAUUCAGUUAUCGAUGAGUUUUACGCUUCAGGUUGAUACCAGAGAAGGUCUUGCUGCGAUCUCAUCCAGGAUAACAGAAACAUAUGCUAUGUGUGGAGCCUGCUUAAUGAUCUUUCCUACAGCUUGGCUUGCAAACCCUUCCAGUUACGUGUUUCAGAGAAAACUUGUGUAUGGUAACUCGAGCCCAUCACUCGUUAGCAUCAAGUUCGUAAUCCUCAUAUCAUGUUUCCUCCCGGCCUUGGGAUUCUUUGCUUAUUCAGCAAAGCAAUUCAAGGAAACGCUCUAUCUAAUAGGCUCAAAUGACGAAAGAGCUAAUGAGGCCGGGGCAAUCAGGGCUUUUAUAAGGGGUACUACUUUCUUCUCGCUUGGGAUCAGAUGUCUACUAUGUGCUGGCCCUUCGCUACUAUGGUUUUUUGGCCCUAUCCCCAUGUUUGUGUCCUCUGUUGCUUUAGUCAUGAUAUCCCUCCAUGUCGCUGGCAAUCGUGCCAGUCCACAAUUGCAUGUUCCUCCUGAGAAUACGGAUGAAAGUCACGGAGACAAUUCCAAUGUUACAAAGGAAGAAGCAUGUGGUCACCCUAGUAUUGAUAUAGAGAUGCCCCCUCCUGGUGUUUAGUAGAGUAAAAUUGUGUUAGAAUUUACACAACAGAUUAGCAUACGUUGCUAGGUCGAUGAGUCUCCUGUGAUUGUCCAAGACGUACUCUACGAAGCUAGAUCAAGGUGUUACCUCAUUGCAUGAUUCUAAUAUUAAUAUAAUAAGUUGGGCGUGGGGAUGAGUCUCCCAGCUUGGUUGCGUUCCAAACCCCUUCAAAAAAAAAAAAAAAUCUCAGAAUAGGACAUGUAAACACAUAUAUGUAAUUUGCAUAUUAGGAGCGUUGUUACCGUUGUAGUAGCAUCCUAAAUUAGGAUUGCAACAAUAUAUCUAUCAUAAUAUCUGUAA